UUUAAAUCAAAAUGGAAGUGCAUAAUUCACCACCACCGCCUUUAAAAUGACACAUUCUAGGAUUUGGAGGUCUUAUUGUUCAAGGAAUUUUAGGACUUAUCUCUUUAAGUGCACUUUUGGUGAAAAGGUAUUUUGAAAAACCCAAAAGACCAUGGGUUGUCUGGAUUUUUGAUAAUUCAAAACAAGUAUUCGGUGCCUUCCUGCAACACUGUCUCAAUAUGAUGCUUGCUAUCCUGCUUAGUCACACAAACGAAGCUGAUAACUGUGAUUGGUAUUUCAUAAACUUCAUCUGUGACAUACUCAUAGGAGUUCCUUUGUGCUAUCUUGGCUUAAAAAUGGUUGAAAAUAUAGGCCUCAAAUAUCACAUAGAGGAACUUAACACUGGCGUUUAUAUCAAAGAGCUUCAUUAUUCACCCGACAUAGAAUUUCUCGACCCUGCAAUCCUGGCCAAAAAGCACGAAGUUGACUAUAAAAUCUGGAUUAUACAGAUAGCAGUUUGGGGUCUGAUAGUCGCAUCCAUGAAAGUGCUAUUAUUCUGAAUACUACAGAUUUUUGCAGUUCCAUUAGAAAUAGCAGUCAAGGUCUGACUUGGCUGGCUCAAUAUUUAUCCGAAUAUUAAACUUGUUUUGAUCAUGAUGGUUGUUCCUUUGGUAUGAAAUGCCUUACAGUUUUGGAUCCAGGAUGGCAUACUUAAGGCUAAAAAGGAGAUCAAUUAUAGGUUCUCAUUAAUGGAAAGAUGCAAAUCUGUGAUGUAUGAUAAGAACUUUAGAUUUGAAGACCGGAAAAAAGGUAAGAGGUCUAGUUCUUUUAAAGCAAAGAAGGAGCCUUUUGUUGAACUAUAACUUCUCUUACAUUCAAUAUAACCCAUAUUAAAAUUUAUGUUUAACGACU